CCCCGCGGGCCGGAAGACUCGGGGUAGCUGGUGGGGCCUCCUGGCUGCGACCCAUAUCGCAGUGUGGUUUGCACUAAGGCGCCAGGCGCCGGCCUCCGGGCUCUGUAGACCAUGGCUCCGUCCCAGGCGCCCAGCCGGGACCGUGCAGGCCAGGAGGAUGAGGACCGCUGGGAAGCACGGGGGGACCGCAAGGCCCGGAAGCCCCUGGUGGAGAAGAAGCGACGCGCGCGGAUCAACGAGAGCCUUCAGGAGCUGCGGCUGCUGCUGGCCGGCACCGAGGUGCAGGCCAAGCUAGAGAACGCCGAGGUUCUGGAGCUGACCGUGAGGCGCGUGCAGGGCGCGCUGCGAGGCCGGGCGCGCGAGCGGGAGCAGCUGCAGGCUGAAGCAAGCGAGCGCUUCGCUGCUGGCUACAUCCAAUGCAUGCAUGAGGUGCACACGUUCGUGUCCACGUGCCAAGCCAUCGAUGCCACUGUCUCAGCUGAACUCCUGAACCACCUGCUAGAAUCCAUGCCGCUGCGCGAGGGUAGCAGCUUUCGGGAUCUGCUGGGGGACUCCCUAGCUGGGCUGCCUGGAGGCUCUGGGAGGAGCAGCUGGCCUCCAGGAGGGUCCCCAGAGUCCCCAUUGUCCAGUCCCUCAGGUCCCGGGGACGACCUGUGCUCUGACCUAGAGGAGAUCCCAGAGGCCGAACUAAACCGGGUGCCUGCCGAGGGGCCGGAUAUGGUGCCUACAUCCUUAGGUGGCCUGACCGCAGCUCGCCGGGCCCAGAGUGUGUGGAGGCCUUGGUGACCAACACUUACCAGGGACCUGUGAACAGUGGGCUGCCAUCCUUGCGUUUACUUUCUCCCUGGGUAUCAGAUGAGGUGGAGACAGCCCAGGAUGCUCCCCCAGGUAUGCCUGCCCCACUCUCCAGUGGGUGGCUUGUACGACCACCCUGAUGGCCAGCCCCUGCAGGUCCCUAGCACUAUUAUUUUGAGGGAGUCAAUUUCGUGGACCCUAGAGCUCUGGAUGGGGGCCAGAGGCUGGGGAGGGGGGUGCUACAGAAAGAAGGGAGACUCUCCUAGAGCAGCCAGGGCUCCCUCAUGUUCACGUUUUCCUGACUUUUAGGUAUUCUGAGGGAUCUGGGGCAGAAGUGGCCAAUCUUGAGCAUUAGUGUCCUGGACAGGGACACACUAGCCAUAGCAAUCCUGAUCUGAAUAGAAGUUCAGAUUUGCUACUUUAGCUACGAGACCAGGGGAGGCAGGCAUAUGCUGCGGUCACUGAGGCUGCUCCCUGUUGGUAACACAGUUGAGUGUGUGAGUUUGGUUGCCACUGGAUGCUCCAACUGAGUUAAAUAAAGAACUUUGGAGUUAGUUUGC